CACAUGUAUGUCACGUUACUCGCGCGCGCGCGCGCACGCUUGCAUCUACUAUCUACCAGGUAGCUUCUGCUUACCGGUCAGUAGAUAUGAGUGACAGGUCUUCGUCUGCUCCUCGUUGAUUAUGCUUAAUUGAAGAAAAUAUCCCCCAACAAUGAUUCAAAGAAUUUAUCUUUAAUUCUCCGUGAGAGUUCUUUUUUAUUUCUUAAACAGAACCGCGGAAAGCAGGAACGAUGAAUGCGCGAGAAACGGAGGUGGACAAUCUUAAGCAGCAGGGAAAUGCAUGUGUCAAGGAACAGAAAUACGAAGAGGCAAUGUUUCAUUAUACGCAUGCCAUCAAACUGGAUCCGCAGAAUUAUUCUCUCUACAGUAACAGAUCCUUCGCUUUUCUAAUGAUGAGACAAUAUCAUUAUUCUAUGGAGGAUGCCUUGAUGACUAUUCAACUAAAACCUGACUGGUCUAAAGGUUAUUUCAGAAAAGGUGAGGUUGAACUAAGGACAUUCCGUUUUAGUGAGGCACUUCAAUCUUAUAACAAAGCCCUGUCUUUGCAACCAAACGAGCCUAAGAUUUUAGAAGCAAUGAACAGAGCGUCUAGAUCAUUGAUUAAAGACAAAAGAGCUGAUCAACAGAUUCCGUGGCUUGGAGCUGGUGUUGGCAUUAUAUUAGGAGUUAUAGUUGUGAUUGCAGAUUAUGUUUUUACAAACAAGCCCACUCUAACGCAUCCUUUAUUGAUGGCGUUAUUAACGAUGUCUAUAGCCAUGCUUGGUUUUGGCAUCGCAAAAGGAUUUCGUUAUUUUGUAAAAUGCCAAAGAAAAUCAUUGCUAGAACCACCCGUCGACCUCUUCCCUGAGGAAAAGGAAGAUUUGGAAAAUGUCGACGUAGAAAAAAAUAAUGAGAAGGAAAAACAUCCAAAAUAUACGGCCAGGGGCACAGGGCUGAGGGCUGAGGGCUCGACGGGGCCUCGAGUAACGUUCACGGGCCGGCCGCGGCGCAGUCGACGAGCGAUGGAGCAGCCCAAGACUCCGGCGUCCCGGCUACUCGUCACGAGCUGCAUCGAGAACAAGGACGAGCUGGAAGAGAAAUUGGAGAGAUGUCACUCGAUGCUGCAAAAUCUGACUGCGGGACUUUCGGAGAAGGAAGUUCACGAUACAUUGAACAAUGCUGUGUGCAAGGACAAGACGCACGAGGAAGUUUCACUGGGUUUACUAGUGGUGAUUUUGACAGAUUCGCAGAAUGCUGCAAAGAGUUAUAGAGACUUAACGUUAAUUACGCGAGAUGGACUUGCCAUUGUGCUGCUUCAUCUCAAUCAAUUAGUAUUGGAGAAAUAUUUGAGAUUAAAUGACAUCACUAGGAGUCAGCUGUUGUGGUUGCUGAGAGAAAUGAUAAGGACUAGUGUAACUAAUGUGGAUAAUCUUUGUUUAAGUUUGUUGAGGCAUGCUGCGGGUGGGGAUAUUUCCCCAAGAAAUUUAUUCCUUGUUGACGCUCUCUUAGAUAUUUUUCAAGAGAAUCGAGCGUGGUUGGACAAGUUCCCUUUUUUAGUAGCAUCAAUUGUUUACACAUAUUUGCGGUUAAUAGAAGACCAUAACGCGCCUCACUUGACUGGUUUGCGGCAAAAGGAAGUGACCUUCACAGUGUCUCUGAUAAGGGAGCGAAUGGCAGACUGUUUAGCUAUUGGAAGGGAUUUGGUUCGUUUACUGCAAAACGUCGCGAGAAUACCAGAGUUCGAGGCAUUAUGGAAAGACAUACUGCUCAAUUCGAAAAGUCUCUGUCCGAAUUUUAACGGCGUUCUUCAGUUGCUGCAGACCAGAACAUCGAGAAGAUUUUUACAAUCUCGCUUGACGCCGGACAUGGAGAGGAAACUCGUAUUCCUCACCAGUAACGUCCGUUUUGGUAAUCACAAACGUUAUCAGGACUGGUUCCAGAGGCAAUACUUAGCGACGCCUGAAUCUCAGUCGUUAAGAUGCGACCUUAUUCGCUUCAUCGUCGGAGUCAUACACCCCACGAACGAGUUGCUGUGCUCCGACAUCAUACCACGAUGGGCUGUAAUAGGCUGGCUAUUCACAACGUGCACUUCCACCGUAGCCGCCAGCAACGCGAAACUGGCCUUGUUCUACGAUUGGCUAUUCUUCGAACCCGAGAAGGAUAACAUCAUGAAUAUCGAGCCGGCGAUCCUCGUCAUGCACAAUUCAAUGAGGUCUCAUCCACCCGUCACUGCCACACUUCUAGAUUUUUUAUGCAGGAUAAUUCCAAACUUUUACCCUGCGCUAACGGACAAAGUGAGAAACGGGAUAUUUUCAUCGUUGCGACAAAUUUUGGAGAAACGCGUUUUGCCUAGCCUGUAUCCGUUAUUCGAUAGCCCGAAACUGGACCGAGAAUUGCGGAGCAAGAUACGAGAAACCUUCAAGGAGUUUUGUCUACCGCCGAAUACAGAGCCUGGUAAAAUGGAAGAGCUCAACAAGGAGCACAAUCCAGGGACUGUAAUAGAGAAUACAAAUUCUACCAUGGAGAAUAAUCACGUGGCACAGGAUCCAGAACCAGCGUUUAGUGAUGAAGAGGAGGAGUCUCCUCUCAGGAUAGUGACAAAGGUGGAAGACGAAGACGACGAGGAGGAUAUACCGUUGUCCACGGUAAAACUGAAAAACGAGCAAAAGAAUGCAAAUUGUGUUGUGAAGAAGGAGGACAUUACGUCGCAUUUGCGUCUCAUAUUGGAACCGGAAGAGUUGAGAACCAGUAUAGAGACGUUGCACACGGAAGCUGACAAUGAAGCGAGGUGUCAAACGAUGGAGAGGAUAGUACAAAUGGUCGUGGAGGACGAAAUAGACGCCGAGACAAUAUCCGCGUUAGCGUCCUGCAUAUCGACCAUCUUAUCGUCGCAGAUUACGGCACCGAUCUUUCCAUCGGACAACAUGAACGAGGAAGCGCUAACUGAUAGUAUAAGUACUCCGUUGUUCGUCAUGUUUCGAAAUCAAUUUCAGUUGUGCAAAGAGGAAGAUAAUAGACGGAAGCUGUUGGCUAGGGUCUUAGCAGAAAUGCAGUCGGUUCAACCACGAAUAGGCUAUCUUCUCCUUUAUUUCUUGAAAGUCUGGGGCAGAGAGGAAGAAAAACGAGAAAACAAGCCGAGCAAUGUUUUGAAUGACAUUAAAGCGUCGGUGUACAAGGAUUUUUGUGGGCAGCGAGAAAAAAAAUUGGAUGUAUGCCUGGUGUCGGACUUAAAGCUCUGCCAUGAAGAUAACAUAUUCAUGUUAUGUUACCUCGUGCCCGACGUGUACAUGGGAUUUCAAAACGUCGCUCUCGGAAACGCUCAAUUGUUACAUCUCGUCGUCUCUACCGUGGACUCGUGCCAGUUGCAGGAUCUGGUUUGUCAAAUAAUGCAAGGCCAUCUGAAAAUGUUAAAGAAGGAAUCAUUCACUGCGUUAUUAACAGCCAGCUUAAACUGGGAAACCUUCGAACAGUACUGUUUUUGGCAGCUCAUAUUCGCGCACGAUUUUCCAAUCGAUUACGUACUGCCAGUUUUGCCGAAAUUACAAUUUCGCAAUCAUGCGGAGGCGCUUACUUCGAUUUUGUUCAUGCUUAAGCAACAAAAGCCAACGUUGGAUCUUCUACGACAACUGCUCGCUCGACAGAGCGUCGAUGGCGACAUGUUUGUCGUAGCUGUACUACGCUAUUGGUGUCGUGAUUAUGAGGAGAAGCUUGGUGAACUACUCGCGAACUUGCUCAGCACCCGUUACCCUGCGACUAGUCCGAACAAACGGAAACGUUCAGGUGCUAAACAGAAUCAACAGUCCGGUCCGCCUACCGGCGAACAAGUUCUCAGCCAUUUGGAACAAUUACGGCAGCACUCCGCGGAAUUACAGCUGUAUCAUUUGGAAGGUAUGCAGAGAGCGCUGCAACAGGCGCAAGCGGCAAGCAACGACUCGCUGAGGAAGAGCUACGGCGAUCUCUUCUCACUUGCCGAAAUUAACGAGGAGAACGAACCACCACCGCCGAGUAGCUCCGCGAGAAAACACAACGUUUCCUCCGGGGCCGGUGGUGGCAGUAAGGGCGGUCAUAGAAAAACCGGUGCUAACACGCGAGAAAGAUCCAAUUCGAAGAGACCACUUCCACGGUAUCACAUUGACAGUACCUCCAGUAGCGAAGAGGAGGAAAUCGUGAAUCCAAAGCAAGCGAAAAAAAAAAAGAUCAAUCCAGUGGGCUCGGACAGCGACUGACCACCCAGUGUCUUCAUAUGUCACAUGGACCAUGUCACGUGUGUGCAGCAAGCUAAACUAGCCUU